UGUAAAUUAAAAAUCCAAAUUUCGGAUGCUGGUCAAGAGAUAACGAUAAUAGGCAGUGGAACUCUUGUUUGGCCUUAUCAAUAGGUUAGGGGUCAGGGGUUAUCGAGGGCUUGAUAAGCCAGGCGUUCUCUCAUCGGCGGCGAUGCUUGUUUUUUUGCGGCAGUUCCGAUUCGAACGCAGCCAUACCUCAAAGCCAUGCAGCAGGCGCGCUCUACACUGCCACAAAAGCUUCGGUUUUGCUUUAGUUGGGACCUCAACACCGGAGUUAGCAACCCGGUUAAAAAGCUGAGCGGAGCUUCAACUCGCUUCGCCGCCAAAAAUCAGACGCUACCGCCACUAACAUUAUUCUCGCCGAUCAUCAGACGAUAUUCGGACCGCAAACAGAGCACUUUGAAGAAUAUGGCUGAUCAGAAGUUGCUGCAAACUCCUCUGGAGGAGGGUGAUCCCGAGUUGGCCGAUCUGAUCAAGAAGGAGAAGGAGCGCCAGCUCGAGGGACUCGAGAUGAUCGCCAGUGAGAACUUCACCUCGGUGGCAGUCCUGGAGAGCCUCAGCUCCUGCCUCACCAACAAGUACUCCGAGGGAUAUCCCGGCAAGCGGUACUACGGUGGCAACGAGUUCAUCGACUGUGUGGAGCUUCUUGCCCAGAAACGCGGUCGCGAGCUGUUCAAUUUGGAGGAGGACAAGUGGGGUGUAAAUGUGCAGCCGUAUUCCGGAUCGCCGGCCAAUUUGGCAGUCUAUACGGGCGUAUGCCGUCCUCAUGACCGGAUCAUGGGAUUGGAUCUGCCCGAUGGUGGUCAUUUGACCCACGGUUUCUUCACGCCCACCAAGAAAAUCUCGGCUACGUCGAUUUUCUUCGAGAGCAUGCCGUACAAAGUGAAUCCGGAGACGGGCAUCAUCGACUACGAUAAGUUGGCGGAGGCGGCGAAGACGUUCCGGCCGCAGAUAAUCAUUGCCGGAAUAUCGUGCUACUCUCGACUGUUGGAUUACGCCCGAUUCCGUCAGAUUUGCGAUGAUGUGGGUGCCUAUUUGAUGGCCGAUAUGGCCCAUGUGGCGGGAAUAGUGGCCGCCGGAUUGAUACCGUCCCCAUUUGAAUACGCCGACAUUGUGACGACCACCACGCACAAGACGCUGCGAGGUCCUCGGGCUGGAGUGAUCUUCUUCCGCAAGGGCAUGCGCAGCACCAAGGCCAAUGGAGACAAGGUGCUGUACGAUCUGGAGGAGCGCAUCAACCAGGCGGUGUUCCCAUCGCUGCAAGGUGGCCCCCACAACAAUGCCGUGGCUGGAAUCGCCACCGCUUUCAAGCAGGCCAAGACCCCAGAGUUCAAGGGCUAUCAGUCGCAGGUCCUCAAGAAUGCCAAGACCCUGUGCGAUGGCCUCAUUUCGAAGGGCUACCAGGUGGCCACCGGCGGCACCGACGUCCACUUGGUCCUGGUGGAUGUGCGCAAGGCUGGCCUGACCGGUGCCAAGGCGGAAUACAUUCUGGAGGAGGUGGGCAUUGCCUGCAACAAGAACACAGUGCCCGGGGAUAAGUCCGCACUGAAUCCUUCGGGCAUUCGGCUGGGCACUCCUGCGCUGACCACUCGUGGUCUUGCCGAAAAGGAUAUUGAGCAGGUGGUGGCCUUCAUCGAUGCUGCACUGAAACUGGGCGCCCAGGCGGCCAAAUUGGCCGGCAGUCCCAAGCUGGCCGAUUACCACAAGACGCUGGCCGAGAAUGUGGAUAUCAAGUCGCAGGUGGAGGAGGUCCGCAAGUCUGUGGCCCAAUUCAGCAGGAAGUUCCCAUUGCCCGGCUUGAAGAACCUGUAGGUGCCGUCCGUUUCCUCACCAUCUCGUUAUUCUCCUUUUUUUUUACCUUUUUAUUGGCACUCUCGAAAAAACAAUGUUUGGAUUGCAAAGCCCAAGGUUGUGUUUCCCCAAAAAUGCGAGUGGAAAUAGUAGUUAAGUCAUUAAACGCAUUUUAUUUCAUGUAUCAUAA